AUGUAGGUAAUAUUGUGUGUAUUGCCGUUGCAGGUUGCUGUCUUUCAGGAAGAAAAAAACUCAUUUCGCAUAGGCUCGAGAGCGCGAUAUAUACGUGCCGCGUACCGAGUCGUAAAGUGCACACGAUGUGUAGCGAGCGACGCAAAACAGCUAGACCGUAAGAGUAUCGCGUAUUUAUGAUAAAUGCAAAAACGAAUUUCUAAAUUUCUAUAACUCGAGCGGUGGCUAUUCUCGGAUUCGGUACAUAACUGCAGGCCGUAAACUGUCUUGACAUAGCAGACAACAACAUCGUCGUAAUAUUCAUCAUGUCUGCAUCCGAUCUCUGAGUGCUCGAUGGAUUUCAACAACCACGACGAGGAACACCGUGACGAUGUCUGCUCGAAACUGCUGAAAUUGUUGUCCUUGAACGAGUCCAGCGCGAAAAAUGUCAACGAGGGAUCCUGACAAUUUGAUAAGCAGCGAGGAGGGCUUCGAUUAUCUCUUCAAAAUUGUCCUCGUCGGCGACUGCGGAGCUGGCAAGACCUGCAUCGUCCAGAAGUUUCACUCGGGUAAUUUCGUUCAGAGGCAUGGCAAUACCAUCGGUGUCGAUUUCUCCAUGAAAACGGUUCUCAUCGAUGGAAAACGAGUCAAGUUACAAAUAUGGGAUACAGCUGGACAGGAGAGGUUUCGCACUAUUACCCAGAGCUAUUAUAGAUCAGCUAAUGGAGUUAUUCUUGUUUACGAUAUCACAAAGCGGCCCUCAUUCUUAAGUUUGCAAAAAUGGGUUGAUGAAAUUCGAAAGUAUACUACAUCACAUGUUCUUCUUAUUUUAGUUGGUAAUAAAUGUGAUUUGGAAGACGCUAGAGAAGUCAAGAAAUCUGAAGCAGAUAUGGUUCGUGAAUAUCUGCCUGAAGUAUUUCAUAUUGUUGAGACUUCAGCUAAGGAAAAUACAAAUAUUGAUUCAAUUUUUUUCUCUUUAGCUUCUGAACUUAAGCGCCGUCAAGAAAAUCAUCAAAUCAAUGCAGAAGAUGAAGUUAUAGUAAAAUUAGGCAGUGGGCAAACACUUCCAUCAAAUUAUCGUAAUGAAAAUCAAGUCAUCAAUUUGGAAGAUUCCAACCAUGAACGAAAUCUUUCAUCAUGUUCAUCCUGCUCUUUUAAAGUAUUAUAAAGAAUUUGAAGAAUUUGAAUCAUAAUUUCUUCUUAACAAGUAAAAUUAACAUUUUCUAAAAAAAUUAAUUUCAAGACUUUAACAAAAAUUUACAUAGUACAAACAUUUUUUACAAUUAAUUAAGUUAACUGUUACUAAGUUAGUGUAGAUUUUGACAAACCAGAUACUGCAGGACUAUGAACUUUAAAAAAUGUUAAAAAUUUAGGUAACAAAAGAUAACAUUUUAGUGACCCAUUUAAUGUUUCUUAAUUAUGAAUUAUUGUCUUUCAUAUGAAAACUGUUAUAUAUGUAUCUAUCGUUUAGUUUUACAGUUUUCAAAAUAUUUCUGUAAAUUGUUGGCACUUUUACAGAUAUUUACUUAGUAAAAUAUAUUUACUUAAAAAAUAUUUAUUGUAUGGAGUGUAAAAAAUGAAACUUUUUCUUAUACAUUUCAAAAUGUACGUUCGAAGUUUAAUGCUACAUUGUUUGGAAAAGUUGUCGAAUAACUAAAAAUGACUUGAAAAUGUUGACUGAUCAUGAAUGAUUUUACGUAUUGAUAUCUAUGAAAGUAUUUUAUACCAAAUUGUUAAUUAUUACUAAUAAAAGUGUAUUUUUCAGUAUAUUCAAUUGAA